AUGAUGAAUCGGGGGCAAUGGAGCUUGUUAAACCUUGCAUCUGUAAGCCUUUGCAGUAUUCCUCGGCUUGAGCUUUCCAUGUUGUUGUUACCGUUGCAACACCUGAUGCAUGCGCUUGCAUAG